UCAAACGGAUGAGAAACGAGCGAGUUAGAAAAAAAAAUAUCCUGUGGGCUGGAAAACAAAAGAUAACGACCGUUUGGCACUAUAUAUAGUUGCUGUUUGGUUUGAUAGGAGCAUAGUUCAAAUCGGCUCAGCUUCAAGAAACAAGCUUCAAACAACACUUCAUAAUGAAAAUCUUCGUCGUUGCUUUCGCCCUUUUCGCCGUGGCAGCCGCCCGGCCCCAGGAGGACAAGUACACCACCAAGUAUGACAGCAUCGACAUCGAUGAGAUCCUGAAGUCGGACCGUCUGUUCAAGAACUACUACAACUGUCUGUUGGAUACAGGAGCUUGCACCCCGGAAGGAAACGAACUGAAGCGUGUCCUGCCCGAUGCCUUGGAGAACAACUGCUCCAAGUGUAGUGAGAAUCAGAAAAUGUCCAGCACCAAGAUCAUCAAGUUCCUAACCGAAAAUAAGCCCGAGGAAUGGGUCGCUCUGAAGGCCAAGUACGAUCCGGAUAACAAGUACGUCGAGAAAUAUGUGGCUGAUGCCGAUAAGGAUGGAAUCAAGCUGUAAACAAAAUGAAUGACGGAAAUGAAAUGAUAUAAAUAACGAUACAA